GGCUGACCGCAAAGUGGCAGGGACCAGGCGACCAGGGGAACCCCUGACUGGGCCAGGAACGAAUGAGAGCCAUCAUCAACCUAGCAGACCAACAGAGGUCGGAAGGUUCAAGACGCAAAGACGCGCAACUCCGCAUGGCUGACGCCGGCAGAUACUACUGUUUGCAGUCCGAAUCUGCGAGAACUUCCGGGCCGUUACGGAGUAUAGGCGGCCCGGAAACAGGGUCUCAACGGAGGGAACUCAGCUUGCACCAUGCCUUGAUCUACAUAUAUACCCAAGGCGUCCUUUCCUCGUCUUGGCCUGGCGUUAAUCCUCCUGGAUAGACGCUCUUUCUCUUUUACUCUCGCCCUAGAGCUGGCUAAGGCGAAGGAAUCCUCGAUUCUCCUCUACCCGACCCGACCUCAAUCGCUCUGAGGACGUCGAUCAGAUCACCCGGCUGACCGGGACUCGCCGAAGGAGUUUAAGGGACGUAGCCGUUGAAAACGAACUGGAACCAUGAACGAACAUACGGCGCUGGGCAUCGCCCAAAUCGUCUUCUACGUACCUGCCGUUGUCUACAUCCACUACAUUGGCAUUCGCUGUUGGAAAUAUGGACCCAAGAUGGUCUGGUACCCCCUGAUGGUCUUUGCUUUAGUACGGCUUGCCGGCGGAGGCCUAGUAAUCGCAUACCAAAACGACCGCACCAACAUCGAUUUAAUCAAGGCCACCUACGUUCUCCUCAACAUUGGUCUCGUCCCACUUCUGACGGUGUUCAACCGCAUGUCGGCCAUGGUCUCGACCGCCAACUUCCCCGGAGACGACCGCCUCAAAAAGAUCCAAAAGAUCUGCGGCAUCCUUAUCCUCGUAGCCGCAGGGCUAUUGGGCGCAGCAGGAGGCAUGGCGGGCAAGGAUGAGGAAGCCAACUCGCAGACGAAGCUGUCCGAAAUCGCAUACUUUGAGUUCCUGGCCGUUUUCGUGCUUCUGACUCUGCUGUGCGCGUAUCUCUACUUCGUGAAGCACAGCCACAUCCGGCAGGACCACCACACCUACCUCCGCUGGAUGCUCCUUGCCGCGGCCCCGCUGGCCGUGCGCACAGCCUACGGGAUUAUUGGCGUCUUUGAGGCGACGGGCAAGAACAUCUUGACGUCGAUGUGGAGCUCGCUGUUCGGCUCGGCCACUGCCUUUGCGCUCAUGGCGCUGCUGCCUGAGUACAUGGUGCUAGCCAUCUUCAUGUACCUCGGCCACUACCGAAUCAAGACCUGCCGAAGCCGAAAUUGGGUUGACGAUCGUCCGCCGAAGAAGAAGUUGAAGGACAAACUCAGGGACAAACUUCAGCAGGGUAUGAGCCUUGGCCAGAUGGGGCCCGCCGGGGACCGCCCGUAUACGCCAUCGAUCGAGCAAGCUGAGCGGGGAGAGAAUGGGUCGGGACGGGGGCUGCUCGGAGCCGGUGACUCCGGGCGCGGUGGUGCCAGUGGUCUCGGCCAUGAUGGAUUAGGAGGUGGGCUCGGACUUGGACGUGGAGGGUUCGGAGGUCGACUUUGACGUCGAUGAUUAAGAGGCGGUUCACAGCAGGACAAGAAUUGGGUCGUGAGUUGCGACCUAGCUUGGGAGCCAGGUGAGGUAAAGGUGAAGAGAAUAGUUUACACAGCGCAGUUGCUACGGAGACCCCAUCUGUAAACCUAUUUACUAGUAGCAAGCUUCCUUGGCC